AGCUGGGGAAUGACAUGUUUAAACACCGUUAUAAUUAAUAAAUAGUACUGUAAUUUUAAUCGAACCGAUUCGCGGUUUCGCGGACCGAAGUGAUAAUUUGUGACCACAGCAACAGGUAAACCGAGGGUUGAGGGCUUUCCACCGGGAAUAAACUUUACGUUUUCCAUCAACCCCUCUAGCAUCUCUCGACUGCGGCGCCGCCGUAACGGCGACAGCAGCAGCAGCAGCAUCAGAUGUGUACCUAUACUCCGCACUAUAAAAGCUCAGGUGGCAAUAUUAAGCGUAAUCAUUUGUACUUCGGAAGUUACAACGCGUUAUUUACAUUGGACACAGAUUCAGAAAGUUUUAAAAUAUUGUUGAUUUUCGACGUACAAAACGGCAGUUUCUCAACUGAACCUGUUGCGGAACUGUAAAUCAUUCCAAACCACAUAAAGAUUAACAAUACAAAUAUGGCAUCAACUUGGUGGAAAAUAAUAGUUCUGCAAAUAUUGAUAACUAUUGUAACACGCUCAGCUGCAUAUGAAUCUGAUGGCAUUACAAAAUUGUCAAACGAAAAUAUAGUUUGGUUAUUUAAAAGCUUUUUAGAGAAUUUAGAAAAUCAACAUGCUACAGAAGAUGUUAAUGAUAGAGUAAAUCCAAUAAAGUAUUUUUAUCGUAUAUCAUCAAGGCCUAUACAGAAUGUUGAAAACCCUACAGAAAAUGAAAUCAAACCUGGUAAUGAUCAAGAACCAACAUCUGAAAACGUUAAAAAUGUUGAUAUUUUUAAAAAUAAUAAGAGAAACUAUGUGACAUUAUGCCAUUUCAAGAUAUGUAACACAAAAAGAUCUAUAGGUGGCUAUGACAGUAUUAUUCAUUAUUUGACACAAAAAUAUAAUUCACAACUGUUCUAAAUGAUUAUCAUUUGAUUCUA